ACUUUUGCUUUUUUUUUUCCUUUUGUCCCAUUUAUAUAAAAAUCCACCGCUCGAGCUUAACGUUCGCGUCUUCUUCGCUUUUCUCUCUGACUCCUGACUCGAACUUGCUCCGAUCGAUUGAGCCAACUCGCCCGGAGGAUUCAUUUCCUCUGCAUUGGAACUUAUAAAAUAGUCAUGGCUAGUUCCGGGAGGGAAUGGUCUGAGCAGCGACGUUGAGUAAGUAACUCUGUUUUUUUUUUCUUUUCUCCGGCGAUCAAUACACGGAGGAGACGGAGAUGUUUAAGUCAGCGAGAUGGAGAAGCGAGAAGAACAGGAUCAAAGUCGUUUUCAGAUUGAAGUUUCAUGCUUCUCAGGCGUCACAGUUCAAUACAGAGGGAUUGGUUCUGUCUCUUGUUCCGGGAGAUAUUGGUAAACCAACGGCGAGGUCAGAGAAAGCUAUAGUGAAAGAUGGACAUUGCCGGUGGGAAAUCCCGGUUUACGAGACUGUGAAGUUUCUCAAAGAUGUUAAAACCGGGAAAGUUAAUCAGAGGAUUUAUAAUCUCAUUGUAUCAUCAACUACGGGAUCUACAAGAGGUGGUUUGGUUGGAGAAACGUCAAUUGAUUUUGCUGAUUAUGUUGAUGCAACUAAAACUUGCAAUGUGUCUCUUCCAUUACACAACUCAAACUCUAAAAAAGCUUUGUUGCAUGUAUCUAUUCAAAGGCAAUUAGAGUUUGAUGAUCCUCAAAGAGAUGUGGAUGAAUGUGAGACUCUGGAGAAAAUGUCACAUGGUCAAGAUUUGAAGUCACAUUUAAGCAUAGGUGAUGCUGAUGCAGAUGAAACUCGUAAAAGCGAUUCACAUGAGGAAGGUCCUUUUGGUAAAGCUGCUCGGUUUGCGGAACUGAGACGAAGAGCAUCCAUUGAAUCUGAUAGUACUAUGUCAAGCUCUGGAAGUGUCAUUGAGCCUAAUACUCCUGAAGAAGUAGCCAAGCCUUUGAGACAUCCAACUAAGCAUCUUAAUUCUGCUAAAAAAUUGUUUGAAGAGCCUCGUAUAUCAGAAUCUGAGUGGUCGGGGAGUUCUGAUCCCGAUGACUCGACUAAUAGUUCAAAUGAUACAACCGCGAGGGAGACCACGAGAAACUCUUCUGAUGAGGACGAGAUGGAGAAGCUUAGAAAUGAGCUUGCUGGUUUGACGAGGCAAGCAGAUCUUUCUGAGCUGGAACUGCAAAGUCUGCGGAAACAAAUUGUUAAAGAGACCAAAAGAAGUCAGGAUCUUCUCAAGGAAGUGAAUAGCUUGAAGCAGGAGAGAGAUUCUUUGAAGGAAGAUUGUGAGAGACAUAAAGUAUCUGACAAGCCGAAAGGAGAGAGUAAAAUGAGGAACAGGUUGCAGUUUGAAGGAAGAGAUCCAUGGAUUCUUUUGGAGGAAACAAGAGAGGAACUUGAUUAUGAGAAGGAUCGGAAUUUCAAUCUCCGGUUACAGCUCCAGAAGACGCAAGAAUCAAACUCCGAGUUGAUUCUUGCUGUUCAAGAUCUUGAAGAAAUGCUGGAGGAAAAGACUAAGGAAGGAGCUGAUAACAUUCAAGAAUCGAUGAGAAGGUCUUGUGGAAGUGAGACAGAUGAAGAUGAGGAUGGAAAGGCACUUGAGGACCUUGUGAAGAAACAUGUGGAUGCUAAAGAUACACACGUCUUGGAGCAGAAGAUCACUGAUCUCUAUAAUGAGAUUGAGAUCUAUAAACGUGAUAAAGAUGAGCUUGAGAUACAGAUGGAACAGCUUGCUUUGGAUUAUGAGAUACUGAAACAGGAAAAUCAUGAUAUCUCAUACAAGCUAGAGCAGAGCCAACUGCAAGAACAGUUGAAGAUGCAAUAUGAAUGUUCAUCUUCUCUUGUGGAUGUGACAGAGCUUGAAAACCAAGUGGAGAGUCUUGAAUCUGAGCUCAAGAAGCAGUCUGAAGAGUUUUCGGAGUCUUUGUCCCGGAUUAAAGAACUUGAAACACAAAUGGAGACCUUGGAAGAAGAGAUGGAGAAACAGGCUCAAGUAUUUGAGGCAGACAUUGAAGCUGUCACGCGAGGUAAAGUGGAGCAAGAGCAAAGAGCUAUCCAAGCCGAAGAAGCUCUAAGAAAGACGAGGUGGAAAAAUGCUAGUGUAGCUGGAAAACUCCAAGAUGAGUUCAAGAGACUCUCUGAGCAGAUGGAUUCAAUGUUUACAUCAAACGAGAAAAUGGCUAUGAAGGCGAUGACAGAAGCUAACGAAUUAAGAAUGCAGAAACGUCAACUAGAAGAAAUGAUCAAGAACGCUAACGAUGAGCUCAGAGCAAACCAAGCUGAGUAUGAGGCAAAGCUCCAUGAGCUUUCUGAAAAGCUGAGUUUGAAAACAAGUCAGAUGGAGGAAAUGUUAGAGAAUCUUGAUGAGAAAUCCAAUGAUAUAGAGAAUCAGAAGAGACAUGAAGAAGAUGUUACUGCAACUUUAAACCAAGAGAUCACAACUCUGAAGGAAGAGAUUGAGAACAUGAAAAAGGACAAAGGUAGCCUAAUGUUACAGGCAGAGCAAGCAGAGAACCUGAGAGCUGAAUUGGAAAAGACGAAAGAAUCGGUUAUGGAAGCCGAGGCUUCAGUACAGAGAGAGAAAAUGAAGAAAAUAGAGCUAGAGAACAAGAUCUCGUUAAUGAGGAAAGAGUUAGAGUCUCUAGUAGAGGAGUUGCAAGCAGUGAAGCUUGUAAAGGAUGAAAAAGAAACAUCAGUUUCACUCUUACAAACAGAGCUAGAAACCGUAAGAGCUCAGUGCGAUGAUCUAAAGCAUUCUUUAUCAGAGAAUGAUUUGGAGAUGGAGAAGCACCAGAAGCAAGUGGCACUAGUGAAAAGUGAGUUGAAGAAGAAAGAAGAAGCCAUGGCUAAUCUCGAGAAGAAGCUUAAAGAAAGCAGAACCGCGAUUACCAACUUAACGAAGACCGCGCAAAGAAACAACAACAACAACAAAGGAAGUCUAGUAGGAGCUCAUGGUGGAUCUACUAAAGAAGUUGCGGUUAUGAAAGAUAAAAUAAAGCUUCUUGAGGGACAAAUCAAACUGAAGGAAACUGCUCUUGAAUCUUCAUCAAACAUGUUCAUCGAAAAGGAAAAGAAUCUGAAGAACAGAAUCGAGGAACUGGAAACUAAGCUCGACCAACUCGAUCAAAAUAGCCAAGAGAUGAGUGACAAUGAAGAAGAGAUUCGUGUUCUUGUAGCGGAAAUCGAGUCUUUACGAGAAUGUAAUGGAUCAAUGGAGAUGGAGCUGAAGGAGAUGAGAGAGAGAUACUCAGAGAUAAGUCUAAGAUUUGCUGAAGUUGAAGGUGAGAGACAACAGCUUGUAAUGACAGUACGUAAUCUUAAAAACGCAAAGAGGAGCUAAAACCGGUAUAUAAUCAGAACCGGUUCUCAUAUAUUUGAUGAUUUCACCAUCAGUUACAUAAUUUGUUCUUUUUGUAAUAUAACUUGGUAAAAAAAACUUAAGAUGUAAAUUACUUCUGUUUUUUUAAAGUAAUCUGCAUAUGUUUUAAAUCUUGUCGUGU